CCUUAGUAACCUCUAAUCAAUGACCGUUAGCUUCUUUCCAUAUGCCACCAGGAAUUGUACAUACGUGUGUGAAUACCAUACGUGUCAAAUAUCUGUCAGCACGUUGGAUGCGUGCCGCGCUGGUUAGCUGACAUAUUUUGGACAAUUCCAACUGAUUAUCGGUAGAAAUGCGGCAACUAAAGGGAAAAACUAAAGAAACUAAUAAGCAGAAGAAAGAGCGAAGGAAAGAAUUCGUUGAAAACAAACAACGAUUAUUCACCAUUGUUCUACCGACGUUUGCUGCAAUAUUUCUACUCAUCGUUGUAUAUGUGUAUCUGAAAACACGUCCAAAGCCCGUAGACUAUUAAAAUUAUGAUAUCUACAGAAUAAUAACAUUAUCUAAAAUAGCUCUAAGGAUUUUUUAAAAGGAACUUACAAUUAUAAUCAAUCUGCAUCUCAUUACACGAUAUGCGGUGUAACGAAUGAAUACAUUAUUUACAUAAUUUCAGAACAUGAACGUAUUUGAAUGCUGAAAUAUCGAUAAAUAUCAGAUGUUUGUAAAAGAUGUUUUGUGGAUUUUAAUAACCUGCACGAUAGUAAUAUAAAAUUGAAAUUCCAAGUCAACUACCCGGAUCUUCUGUCUUUACAUAUUCUUGGCCUAAGCGGAUAUCGAAUUGUGAAAUGAAAAGAACCGUCGUCAGCACAGUAUUUUACUAUAAAUUUUAUACGUAAGGUUACAGGGUCCAAUUUAAAUUGUAAGCAUGAAGAUUUAAAUACAAAUAAAUUAUUUCCCUACGA